AGAAAAAGAAAGUGAAUUAAUCCAAAUUGAAAGACAGACCGAUAACCAGCAGGAUUAACAGAAAGAGAAACGAGGGAUGGAAACAUGCAGAGAAAGAGAAGACAGUGAAAGAGGAAGGGUGAUCUGUAGGGGAAGUGAGGCACACAAUACACAAAGCCACAUCCCCGUAGAGCAGACAGACGAACGGAGGGACGGUAGAGAGACAGGUGGGGCAAACGGCACCAUGGAGGACGCUAUUAGGAAGCAGGGCCUGGUGCUCAUCCAGCAGCAGCGUUUUGGGAAGAGGUGGAAGCGUGUGUGGCUCAUGUUAUUCAUGGAGAGUUCCUGUUCCAUCGCCCGGCUGGAGUACUUUGACUGUAAGGAUGGUGCAGCUGCAGCGCUGGACCGCUGUGACAAGGCCCUGAAGAGACAGCAGGACAGCAAGAAGGUGAUCCGUCUGUCUGACUGUAUCCGAGUGGCGGCGGUGCCGGCAGACGGGUGUCCCAGAGACAAGGGCACCUUCCUGGUGGAGACCACCGACAAGCUGUUCGUCUUCGCCGUGGACGAACAGCACCUGGACGACUGGACCCACACACUCUGUGAUACAGCGUUCCCUUCGAAGAGAUGCAGUCUCCAGAAAAGAGGAAGGAAUGAUAAGGAGGGCAUGGAGGACAACUCACUGUACAGCAGCCGAGAGACACUGCAUGAUUUCAGGGUAUGCGUUCGGAGAACCAAAGCAGCGGAAAGGUGUCGCCUGACGGGCGUGUGCGUGCUGAGGACGGAUGCCGAGAGCCUGCACCUGCUGGACCCCAGCUCUCACCAGCUCCUGUUCAGCUGGCCCUACCGCUUCCUGCGCCGCUUCGGGCGGGACAAGACCAGCUUCUCCUUCGAGGCCGGGAGGAGGUGUGUUUCUGGCGAGGGCUCCUUUGAGUUUGACACCCGACAGGGCAACACGCUGUUCCAGGCCCUGGACACCGCCAUCAAGGCCCAUCCCGAGGUGCUGCCCCAGCGGCCCAGCUGUGACGCAGACAACAGCCCAGACAUCUCCCUACACAGAGACCUAUAUAACCACCAGCAGCCCGGACAGGGGGGCGACUGUGAGUACAGCAGGUUGGACGACUUUGAGGAGGCCAGAGAGAAAGGAGCGCACAAAAAACUCACCCCGUCGCUGUCUCAUCUAGAGCCCCCUGCUGACAAAAUCUUGACAGGCGUGAAGAGUUUGACUCUGGAGACCCGAGAGAUUCCGAUUCCCCGCAAGAUUCCGGUGAAGCCCAUCCAGAGCUGUCCUCUGCUCCCCAGCAGCCUGGACCUCCCCCAGCCCCCUGACCCUCUCUCGUACCAGCCCCCCUCUCCCAUCCCGUCCCUCCAACCAGACGCAGACAUGACGUACGCUCAGGUGUCCAAAGGCGCCGGGCCGCCCGGAGCGGCAGGCAACGACCGAGAGAAGAGGAAAGUGAAGGCGCGGGAGGGAGGGAGCGUCUCCCCCUGUCCCCCGGGCCUGAUGCUCCUGCAGGAGCCGGCGUACUCGCUCCCUUUCAACCACGUCGGCCCCCACGUCACGGCGGACCCCGAGGAGAUGUUCGGUCAUGUGGCGCAGGCCGACCCGCUCUACGACAUCAUCGACGACUCCCAGAUCAAACACGCGCUGCGGGCCCGGGCGGCGUCCUCCAGGGGCGCCCGGGGCAGGGCGGAGCACAUCUACGACCAGCCGGAGGGGUACGGCGCCGUCGCCGCCCCCGGGUUCCCCGCCGCCCCCACGUACGACGAACUGGAGGAGGUGAGGGGCAAUGCCUGGAGGACUAUGGGGAUCGACGUCGAACCCCCGGUUCACGAGCCCCCCUACAGCACCGAGACCGACAGCUACGCCAUUCCCAAACUCUGGCGGAGGGCACCCGUGCCCCAAGUGGCCGUAAGAGAUGUGGAGGCGGACGAUGUGAAUCCGUACAAGAACGUGAUCGAUGGCGCCGAGUGGGAUGGGAGCUGAGGACGUGUGCCGUUGGUUUUUCCUAGUUUUUCUUUUACUGAAUUAUCUCACUUGAAAAGCAAAAGCAAGUCGUCUUUUGAAUGAAUGAUAUGAAGUUACAUAUCAAGGUUUUGCUUAUGGAUGGCUUAUAACCAUAGACCAUUUUACCAUAAUGCAUUGCAUCCAUACUUUCAAGUAUUUGAUGUGGCUAUAAACUUAUAUUACAGGACAACCAUGCACUGUAAUCCGUUUCAAGUUGUCAUUAAAAGUCCUGGCUAUUCUUGAGGUUAAUCGUUAUUUUUUUGUGAUUGCCUUAUAUUUCAAUUAAUUAAUUAAUUAAUUUUAUUUCAUUAAUAUACAUAGGUAAUAAAGCAAACAUAGUUUUAAGUCCCAUGUGUAAAAUUUCGACUAUCUUGUCACUUUAAAUCGUAUUUUCAAUGCUGAUCGAUAGGGAUUUCAAUAAUGUAAUCAAUAAAAUCACAUCCUGUAACUGAGACAUUCUACAAAUGGAAAAUGAGUACCUCUCUCUUGGUUGACCAGAAUCAAACAAUCAACAAUCCCAGAACCCCUCCAACUCACCCAAGCCACACAGAGGAGCUUCGCUAGCUGGCAUCACAUAGCUGUUUUCACACAUGUCCUCCGGCUUUUGUGUUGCCAAAUUCAAUAACAACCCUGUUGUUUAGGAUUUUUUAGUUCUGAAAGUCUCUCUUGUAAGACACUUUGGACUAAAGUGUCCACCAAGCAAAUGGCACCGAGGCUAGGGGAGAACAAGCUGGUGCAACCGAGGGGCUCGUUGAUCAGAGAGAAGAGGUUGGUGGUUCAGAGGCCAUUGAAGAUGAAGCCAGAGGAUCAGAGGUUUAUGGAGGUAAGGCUAGUGGAUCACAGACCUUUGGAGAAGAGGUAGGUGGAUCCCAGUCUAGGCAUGAAGAAGCUGGGGGUUCAGAGGCUAAUGGAUUAAAGGCUAGUCAAGAAGCUAGUGGAACAGAGGCUAGUUGAUCAGAGGCUAGUUCUAAGGAGGCUAGUGGAACAGAGGCUAGUGGAACAGAGGCUAGUUGAUCAGAGGCUAGUUCUAAGGAGGCUAGUGGAACAGAGGCUAGUGGAACAGAGGCUAGUUGAUCAGAGGCUAGUUCUAAGGAGGCUAGUGGAACAGAGGCUAGUGGAACAGAGGCUAGUUGAUCAGAGGCUAGUUCUAAGGAGGCUAGUGGAACAGAGGCUAGUGGAACAGAGGCUAGAGGAACA